CAGUAGAUUCCGGUCUGUGCGGGGCAGGUAGCCUGGCUAGAGACGUGCAAAAUGACAUCGAUACAGACAGAGAUCUUUACAUGUGUGUUGUCUGGGGACGUGGAGAGUAUUACGGGGUAUUUUGAGCGUGAGGGUGUCACAGACGAGGCGCAGGAGAAGGAUAUGUGCGGAAUGAAGGACGAGGUUGGGAGAAAUGCCCUGUUAACAGGUUGCAUGUUGGGGAGGAGCGAUGUCGUCCGGGAACUGCUCACACACGGAGCUCGGGUCGAUGAGCAGACUGUCAGAGGUUAUUCUUCACUGCACCUUGCUGCAUGUUGGGGCCACCUGCAGACUGUGAGGACUCUGCUUGAACUGGGAGCUGACACACAGGCGGAGACCUUCAGAGGGGAGCGGCCUGUGGACCUGGCCCAGAGAUACUCCAGGACAGACUGUGCUGACUGUCUCAUCCUGGCAGAAGCUAAACAGGACUUGAUGUCAUAUGUAGCCUUUGUUAAAGACCUUGUCUCUGACCCAGAGAAGAACCUUACAAAGGAGGAAAAGAACAUAUGUACACGUGCGUGCUCAGCCAAGUCAGACUGGAUUCAGAGUGUGAAACACUCAACAGUGUCAGACUUCAUCGCCCAGAGGAAAGACAUAGAGAACACUCUUCAGCCGAUUCUCAGCAAGCUGUCAGCUCAGUGUAAGCACCAGCAACAUUUUUGCAUCGCACUGAAAUCUCUCCACAAUGUAGGAACCAUCUUAUACUAAAUGUUGAACUGAUUAUGUGGUUGCAAAUGUAUUUAUUUUGACUAUAAAUCCUGCCACAGAGGCUAGCUGUGAAUGUUUACUCCUGCAGUAAGAUGUUCUUGGACGUACACAAAAUAAUAUUUAAGAUCCUAUCCUUGAUCUCUUUUGCCAUCUCCGUAUGGUUUAAUAAUAAUGUAAUGAUUUUGCUUGAGAAAAAAAUAUUUGGCCUGCUUUCCGGAUCUCAGAAUUCUGAGAAAGGUUUUCAAGGAAAAACAAAUGUCUGCUCUUGUUUUUCUAAUUUAACGAGAUUCCUCUCAUUUAUAUUAGAGCUCCAUUUCAUGGAAUCAAACAUGUCCUGUCUGCUUAGUUUUACCUCAUUUUCAGCAGUUGCCUAAUUGUCUCUUGAGUCACCACAUAGCCAGCCUGAAUACAUCUCAGAUGCAUCAUCUUAUAUCCUUGAAGCAUGUCGUACAGGUUCAACUGACCCUGGAGGAACACACAGAGCAGCAGAGCAGAAUGGGCUUUUACAUCUGAACCACUGCACAGUCCUGAGGUGCCUGCACACCGUGGACAAACUAUUAACAAUACCGUCUAUAAUAUUACUUAAAGACACACAUAUCUCCCAGUGUCUAAAACUCAAACCAAAAUAAAACUGGAUUAAACUAAACAGGUGGGACAUGUUUGCUUCCAUGAAAUUGAGCUCUCAAAUAAAACAGAGCUUCUCCUGGGAAUCUUGUUAAUUCAGAAAAACAAGUAUUAAUAAAAAAAAAAAUCUCAAGUAAAUGCAUUAUGCAGAAGCAUAAUUGCAUGUGCUGGUGUUAUGGAUCAUCGUACAUCUGUUUGCAGCAGCUGGGAUGCCUGUCAAACCAGCAGAGGAAGAUGUGUGCAGUGCCAGUGUUCCAAUAAAUAAGUGAAAAAUGUUCAAUUGUUUUCCGUGUAUAA